GAAGUGGGGCGGAUCCGCCCAGGAUAAGACCCGCUGUCCGGCCGAACCAGGGUGUGACCUCCGCGGCCACAGAGGACGAGCGCAGCCCCGUCUGGGCACAAGCGGGGAACAUCUGCCGGGGAGACUGAACUCUGAUCUCGACACAGAGUUAUGGCCAUGGCAACCAAAGGAGGCUCCAUCAAACCUGCCUCAGCAUUCAAUGCUGCCGAAGACGCCCAGAGCCUGCGGAAGGCCAUGAAAGGGCUGGGCACCGAUGAAGAUGCCAUCAUCAGAGUCCUCGCCUACCGCAGCACUGCCCAGCGCCAGGAAAUCAGGACGGCCUACAAGACCACCAUUGGCAGGGACCUGAUAGACGACCUGAAGUCAGAACUGAGUGGCAACUUCGAGCAGACGAUAGUGGCGCUGAUGACGCCCACGGUGCUGUAUGACGUGCAGGAGCUGCACCGGGCCAUGAAGGGAGCCGGCACGGACGAGGGCUGCCUGAUCGAGAUCCUGGCCUCCCGGACCCCUGAGGAGAUCCGGCGCAUAAACCAGAUCUACCAGCAGCAAUAUGGACGGAGCCUUGAAGAUGACAUUUGCUCUGACACGUCAUUCAUGUUCCAGCGAGUGCUGGUGUCUCUGUCAGCGGGUGGUAGGGAUGAAGGAAAUCAGCUGGAUGAUGAUCUUGUGAGGCAGGAUGCCCAGGACCUGUAUGAGGCUGGAGAGAAGAAAUGGGGGACAGAUGAGGUGAAAUUUCUAACUGUUCUCUGUUCCCGGAAUCGAAAUCAUCUGUUGCAUGUGUUUGAUGAAUACAAAAGGAUAUCACAGAAGGAUAUUGAACAGAGUAUUAAAUCUGAAACAUCUGGGAGCUUUGAAGAUGCUCUGCUGGCUAUAGUUAAGUGUAUGAGGAACAAAUCUGCAUAUUUUGCUGAAAGGCUUUAUAAAUCGAUGAAGGGCUUGGGCACGGAUGAUAACACCCUCAUCCGAGUGAUGGUUUCUCGAGCAGAGAUUGACAUGAUGGACAUCCGGGCACACUUCAAGAGGCUCUAUGGAAAGUCUCUGUACUCUUUCAUCAAGGGCGACACAUCAGGAGACUACAGGAAGGUACUGCUAAUCAUCUGUGGAGGAGACGAUUAAAAUAAAAUCCCAGAAAGACAGGAGGAUUCUCAACACUUUGAAUUUUUUUAACUUCAUUUUUCUACACUGCUAUUAGCAUUAUCUCAGGAUGCUUAUUUCCAAUUAAAACGCCUACAGUUGCCUCCUUGGUUAUAGACUGUAUUAUUAUUCAUCUAUAAUUAGUCAUUAUGAUGCUUUAAAGUUGUACUUGCAUUUCAAAGCUUACAAGACCUAAAUGGAGAUUUAAAAUUAGAAAUAAAAAUGUACUCCAUGUUUUUAACAGAUUACUUCUUCAUUGGUGUUUCACAGAAACUGAAUAUAUUAUUUCAUAUUUUCUUCACAAUGAAAAACUUUUAAAAUGGAAGACUGGAAGACUUUUAAAAAAUCUUUUUCGUCCCUAAUCUUAUUUUCAGAGUGGCUAGUAAUUUCUUCAUUUGAAAUUGUGAGCAUCCAGCUAGUAAGAAUACCAAUCCAAUUUCUAUUUUUCAUAGUUAUUGGUUAUAGAUAUGAAAGCAUCCACAAAUCUCUAUUUUUUAGGUUUUGUCUAUAGUGUUAGUUGAUCUUUACUAAGUUUUGUGUGGGAGACUUCAUCACAUCUUCUGUUAUGAUCACUUUUCUCCAGUUGAAGUAUACAAAAUCACCAAUUUAUCUGAACAAAAUAAAUUCUAAGUGUGGUUAUACAAAUCAUACAUGUCUGGUUACCAAACAUAAAUGCUGAACAUUCCACAAAAUUAUGGUUAAUGUCUUAAUCCAGCUUGAAGGUGAAUGGGAAAAAAAUUACGCUUCAAACUAGGUAUUCUGGUAAUGAUGUAAUGCUCUGAAUUUAGUUUGACUUAAAACUUUUUGAGCUAAAAAUACUUUUUAAAAUCUUUUUUGAUUUUGUUGAUUGUAGUAAUUUAUGUUUGCACUAUGCCUUUCAACUCUAGAAUCAUUCUAAAGGUGUUCUUGGAUUUCAUUUAAAAAUUUACUUUGUAUGAACACGGAAAAAUAAUUUUAAUAAAAAAUGGUGCCUUUAAAAUGAA